UUAAACCACAGUUUGUGGAAUAAAACUUGUUGCGGUGUCGUGCGAAGAAGAUCGCGAUGAAUGAGAGAAAGUACGUUUGAUCGAGUUCGCACUGUACAUGAGCUAUGCGUGAUUUACCCGGGUUUUCGGACCUUUCCAGAUCUUAAUACCUAGAAUGGCGAGUUCCCAUUGCAAAUCGAGUGUGCUGAGAGUUUACCAAGACGUUAUUGAUGAUGUGAUACUGGCAGUUCGUGAAUUAUUCAUGGAAGAUGGAGUGGAUGAGCAGAUAUUGCAAGAAUUGAAACAAUCUUGGGAAUCAAAGCUUGUGGCCAGCAAAGCUGUCGAGAGCCACACUGAAGAGAAAGGGAUAAAAAAGUCAGGGGAGUUAGCAAAUGGAAAUGCAUUUCCCAAGGGUCAGAACCAGGUGAAGCAAGUGGUGGGCCAAGUGGCACCCAAUAAUCAUGUUCAAACUCAAGUUGUUACCCAAGUGGAACAACGAAUGGUUCCAAUACAAAUAACACUACCCUCACAGCCAGGUGCAAAUGGAACCCAAAGAAUCCUUACCAUACAAGUUCCAGCAACUGCAUUACAAGAUAACCAAUUACACAAAGUCCUCACUGGCCCUAUAAUUACUGCUACAAUGAACCUGUCUCCUCACAUUGCCUCUUCCGUUCUGCAACAGCACGUAAACGCAGCAUUCAAUCAACAACUAGCGCAACCAAGUGUACUUUCAUCGGUCAUCAAUAACACAGCCGCAACUGCACCCAAGUCUGUGAUACAAAACGACGGAGCCUCACAGGAAUCAGACGAGGAGGAGAUCGAGUAUAAUCUGCAAGUGCCUUCCUGCUCAAAGCCUGGAACGAACAACAUUCGGCCAAGGAAAAGGUUAAUUGCGCAACACGACGGACCUGAUGACACAUCCGACGAGGAAGAGGAAGGCUCUGAUGAUGAUGAACCAUCCGACGACAAUGACGACGAUAAGGACGAAGAUGAACAGGAGAUGGAUGAAGGUGGUCCAGAAGAGGAACCGUUGAAUUCCGAGGACGAUGUCACAGAUGAGGAUCCAACCGAUUUGUUCGACACCGAAAACGUUGUUGUCUGUCAAUAUGAUAAAAUUACUAGAAGCCGCAAUAAGUGGAAAUUCCAUUUGAAGGACGGUAUUAUGAAUUUAAACGGCGAAGAUUUUGUAUUCCAAAAGGCAAGUGGGGACGCGGAGUGGUAAUCAAUUAUGACUGUGUAACCAUAGAUAUAUAUAUUUAGGUUUUAAGACCUUAAAUUAUUUAUCCCAUAAAUAUUAAUUA